AUGUACAAGGACCAUCUUUAUAUGAUACCGCAUGCGUUGGUAGGAGGGUUAUUCCUUCUAUCGGUGCUCCCGAGGAUUUCGGAGCCACUUCGAGUCAAGUUUCAAAUCACAGCUCACGCGGUCCUAUCUUUACUAUUUUCUGUGGCUGCUCCAUUAUUUUUGAAAGCAACAAUCAAGGGAUCCUUCACCAAUGUUCACGGAUUCAUUCAAGCCUUUUGCGCAUCUCUUCACGUUGGUGUUGGCUAUUUCCUCUGGAAAACCCAAAAACUCGGAAAACCAGAACGCGCAGCGAUCUUCUCUCGAGUCCUAUCCUCUUUCAUCUGCCUUAUCUUCCGACUCUUCGCUUUUAUGCACAUUUCAGGAAAAUCCGCGAAAGGAUUGGAGCUCUCUAAUCAGUACCUCUACUGUGUAGCUUUUACCGAUGGUUUGUGGUUCUUCUCUGAGGCGAUUCGCAUGUACCGCACCACUAAAACCAACCAAGAUGAAAUUGAGGCAAUGGUCAAGAGAACCACUUUAUGGGUUGAGGGUAAAGGUACCUUUUACAUCGAAAAUGCAUUCUAUUUGGACGCCGGAUUGACGCUGGUUUACGCAAUUAUUCACAUCUCGUUCCCUCAACAUGUGCUCAGUUUAAUUCUCAAACCGGAUAAUAAACUCGAUUCCCAUCACUACCUAUGGUGUCGAUUGUUUGGUGCGCUCAACCUGAUGCCAGUUAUCACUUCAAUGAACGCGAGAUUUUUCUCGCCAGAAAUGCAAGUGGCUUACAUCGCGAGUCGUUUACUGUCUCAAUGCACUGUCUUCUUGCUCAAUAUCUACGGCCACUGGAUACUAACGGUGUACUCGGCAAAUCACAUCACUGCUUUCAUGCUCAGCGGAUUCUUCACGUCAUUUUUGUUCUCGGCGUUCCACCGUAUCCACAAAAUAUAUUUUGUGACGGAGCAAGAAGAAGAGGUUGUUUAUGAAGAAGUGGUGGAGGGAUCGGAAGCGUCGAGUGAUAAGAAAACCGAUUAA